AUGAAGUUCGCUAUUGUGCUCGCUGUUCUUGCUGUCGCCAUUAUUCCAUCUGCUUUCGGAGCUGAAGACCCGAUGGAAGAUAUUCUGAGCACAGUUAGAGAUAUUGAAAUUUUCAAAAUAAGAAAAUCCGCAAUGGCUUGCCCCAUUCUUAUUGUUGGUCCAUCUUGCCCGGAAGAAAAUCCCUUGUAUUAUUUCAAAUGUUGUGGAGAUCUCAACUCAUCUUGCUGCUUCAGACUUCAAGACUGGGUCAUGGUGCUCGUCACAUUUUUGGUAGUCUGCAUUGUUUUGAGUAUUAUCAUCAACUUUAUUCGCUGCUUGUGUUGUUACUAA